CUUUUGAUGGACUUUUGACUAUGUUUGUCAUAAAAUUUUGUGACAGAUCAUUUCCGUUACAAUUUUUUUGUGUAAACCAGAACAUUUGUGAAAGAAUAUUUCCCUCAUAACAAAUUUGUGAACAAAUGUUUUCGUCACUGAUCUAGCGUUUGAUUAAAAUCGGUGACAACUGACGUGAAACAUCAUACAUUUAAAUAUUAAGCUGCCACAUUUAAAAAAUAAUUACACCAAAUUAACUGAAACGUCAAAUAAUUAAUAAUAUUUACUGAAAUAUAACAGCAUAAUUUUAUCCACACUCCACCGAUUUCACAGGGUCUAUGUUAGCCAACAUUAACAAAAUGGCGUCAUAUAUCCUUUUUAGUUCGACAAUAUGGUUACCUUGUUACUAUCCUUGCGUUAAUUGAUCACAUAAAUCAAUACAAGAUAAACAAAAACAAAAAAAAUCGUUUCUUCAACCCUAUCUUUAAUAAUCUAGCUAUUAGUACACUUGCUAAACUCGUCAUUGUAAAAAUAGGCAAUAGCUCUCAAAGCUCUGAAUUUAAAACCUGCGAAGUAUAUGGUAUCUUUUUUUUUUUUUUUUUUUGAAAAUGUGUGGACCAUAAAUAACGUAGUUGUUGGUUUAAAUCGUUAUAUCCUAAGUUUAAAUGCGAUGAUUUGUCCAUUUUCCUCUUCCCAAGCAAAUUACGUAAAAGAAAUUCAAACAAGAGCUAAAUAACAGGUAAAGCUUACAUCUGAAACCCCCAAAUCUCUCCAUAACUAUAGGAAUGAUAACAGUAGUAUAUUUUAGGAAAAAAUGCCUCCCAAUCUGUUUAUGCAAUGAAAAUUCAAACGCAGAUUAUGAUACAAACCAGAAAAUCAGGAGUGGAUAAAUCUUAACAGCUCCAAAAACACUGAUUAUAUUGUUUUAAUACAGCUUAACACUACAUGUGUAUAUAUAUACAUUCUCCUAUUCCGUUACCUUUAGUUUUCCUCCCAGAAACUAGAAAUUCAUUAAGGUUUUCAUAAGGUAAUGCUGGCAUUGCAUUUUGGAUUCGCGCGGAAAGUCCCACAUUAAGGGUAAAACGCUCCCUAAGAGAAGAUCCAAAGAAUACGGAAGAGCUGCGACGCUUUUGACGGCUAUGAUGAUGUCGUCAGUAUUUUUGUCUCAGCUCUUUCUGCUACUACGCAUUCUCUUCAAGAAUAUAUUUGUUGCUUGCCUCAUUUUAUUCGUUGCACUUCCUUCUAGUCAUUCCUUGAAAGAUUCAACUAUGGGGAACAUCAUCCAUAGGAGUUCAAAUCAGGAUGAUGCCAAUGUGUCACUCCCAAUUGAUACUCCCUUUAGGCUUCCUUCUCCAUUGCCCACUUGGCCUUCAGGUCAAGGCUUUGCUAAUGGAGUCAUUGAUCUUGGAGGACUAGAAGUGGCUCAAAUAUCAUCAUUUACUAAAGUUUGGGCUAUCCAAGAAGGUGGACCAGAUGAUCUUGGAGCUACAUUCUUUGAACCAUCAAAUUUACCAGAUGAAUUCUUUAUGUUUGGAUCCUACAGUCAACCUAACAAUUUGCCCCUUUUUGGAUGGGUUCUUGUUGGUAAAGAUUCAUCAGGAGAUGCUCUAAAAGUGCCAACUGAUUAUACACUUGUGUGGAGUAGUGAAAACCUGAAAAUUAGUCAAGAUGGUGUUGGCUAUAUUUGGCUGCCAAUUCCUCCUGAGGGCUAUAAAGCUGUUGGCCACGUUGUAACAACAUCGCCUCAGAAGCCUUCUCUUGAUAAAAUUCGAUGUGUUCGUUCAGAUUUAACCGAUGUGUCAGAAACCGAUGAUUGGAUAUGGGGAAAUGAUGGCUUGAACGUGUACUCAUCAAGACCAAGAGACAGAGGAAUCCAUGCUCAAGGAGUGUCUACUGGUGCUUUUGUGGCGUCGAACAAUGGAGAUGCAAAUUCACUAGCUUGUUUGAAAAAUGUCAAAUCCAAUUUAUCUGCUAUGCCAAAUUUGAACCAAGUUCAAGCACUUUUCCAAGCCUACUCCCCUUUGUAUUACUUCCACCCUGAUGAACAAUAUUUCCCUUCUUCUGUCAAUUGGUUUUUCCAAAAUGGAGUAUUAUUGUUUACCAAAGGGCAAGAAUCUGCACCAGUUAAUGUUCAGCCAGAUGGUUCAAAUCUGCCUCAAGGUGGUUCAAAUGAUGGUGCUUAUUGGUUGGACUUGCCAACUGAUGAUUCAGCAAAAGAUCAGGUCAAGAAAGGAGAUUUAAAUUCUGCCACUGCCUACUUACAUAUUAAACCAAUGUUUGGUGCGACAUAUACUGAUAUCGCUCUGUGGCUAUUUUACCCUUUUAACGGCCCUGCUAGAGCAAAAAUUGAGUUCAUUACCAUUCCGUUAGGGAAAAUUGGUCAACACAUUGGUGAUUGGGAGCACGUUACGUUAAGGAUUAGUAACUUCAAUGGGGAGCUACAAGGUGUGUACUUCUCUCAACACAGUGGAGGAAAUUGGGUAAGUGCACCUCAACUUGAAUUCGGAAAUGGUAACAAACCCAUGGCCUAUUCGUCGUUGCAUGGCCAUGCUUCUUAUUCGGAACCAGGGCAGAAUAUGCAGGGGAGUGGCAAUAUAGGCAUAAGAAAUGACACAGCAAAGGGGCAGGUGAUGGACACUGGAGGAAAUUAUUCAGUGGUUGCUGGUGAAUACUUAACAAUUGUUGAGCCAGCAUGGUUGAACUAUGCUAGAGAAUGGGGUCCAAAAAUUAGCUAUGAUAUUGCAAAUGAACUCAAGAAAGUGGAGAGAUUUUUGCCAGGGAAAUUGAAGAGGGCUGUUGAGAAACUUGUGAAAGGUCUACCAAAUGAAGUUUUGGGUGAGGAGGGACCCACUGGACCCAAGUUUAAGGACAUGUGGAAUGGUGAUGAAAGGGGUUAAACAUGGUACCAUCGUGGUGAUUAAUAUAGGGUUUGCUUUUUUACUUUUUUUAUUUUCACACGAUUCUUCUGAAUGAUUGUAUCAUCAAAUAAUCAUUUCUCAUUUGUUUAUUUAGAGAAAGUAGUGUUACAUUUAAUAUUCCAUAAAAAGUAGGAUUGGUAACCAAGAAAAUAAGGUGUCUUACAUGUUAUAACACAAGUUAGGUGAUAUGUUAAUGUUGGUUUUUUAUUGUUA